AUGUUAACCUAAAACUAUUAUGAUUUAAGAGGAGGAGACAAGAUGGGCAGUAACAAUCGAUAGUUAGAGAGAUAUGAGAAAUUAGAGAAGAUUGGAGAAGGAACCUAUGGGGUAGUUUACAAAGCACGUGAUUCAGUGACCAAGGAAUUGGUAGCAUUGAAGAAAAUCAAAUUAGAAAACGAAGAUGAAGGAGUCCCUUCAACAGCAAUGAGAGAGAUUUCAAUUUUGAAAGAACUCUAGCCGCAUCCAAACAUUGUGGGCCUUAAAGAAGUCAUCUAUCAGCCUAAUGAGAAGAAACUCUAUUUAGUGUUUGAGUAUGUUGAGAUGGAUUUCAAGAAAUUCCUUGAUUAGAACAAACACAAUCUAACAUUAAGCCAAAUCAAACAUUUCACAUUCCAAAUCUUAAAUGGUCUCAAUUAUUGUCACUCCAGACGUAUUAUCCACAGAGAUCUCAAGCCAUAAAAUAUCCUAAUUGAUAAAUCAACUGGAAUCAUCAAAUUGGCUGACUUUGGAUUGGCCAGAGCUUUUGGAGUGCCAAUCAAAACACUAACACAUGAAGUCGAAACCCUUUGGUAUCGAGCACCAGAAAUACUGUUAUCUUAAAAACAAUAUUCUUUGGGAGUCGAUAUCUGGUCUGUUGGAUGCAUUCUCACAGAAAUGGUUGAAAAACAUGGGUUAUUUUGUGGGGAUAGUGAAAUUGAUUAAAUCUUUAAGAUCUUUCAAUAUCAUGGAACUCCUACUGUAUAAGAUUGGCCAAAUAUUGCAGAUCUUCCAGAUUUCAAACCAACAUUCCCCAGAUUUAGAGCUACACCUCCAGAGCAAUUUUUCAAAAAUUUUGAAAAAAAUGGAUUAGAUCUAGUUACAAAAAUGAUUGCUCUUGAUCCUGCUAAGAGAAUCUAUGUUAAGGAAGCUAUGAAACAUCCAUUCUUUGAUGACUUAAACAAGGAGGAUUUAAUUAAAUACUUUCCCCCUGGACAACAAAAUUUAGCAAUGUAAUAUGGAAAAUGAACAUUAAUUAAACAUAAUAUUAAUAUGAUCAAUUUGAAUAAA